AACGCUCGCCUCCCUGCCUUAUCUGAUCUCAUGCCGCCCGCUCUCCUUAUCACUUCCCAACCCCAUUCGGUCAUUAGACGCUCGUCACUCGGCUUGUAGAACUCUUUCUGCCUUCUUUUCCGCUCCUUCGGGUCGUCUCGUCGCUCCCCUCCUUACCGAUGGCGUCCGAGGUGAGCGGCGCGUCAGUCUCGUCGGAAGCCAAGGAAGCCCCGAUGAGGAGCGAACCCGACGGAGACACAGGAGGGGACGGGGAUCCCCGUGCCGCCGUGGAACCGGAAAAGGAGAGCAGUGACGGCUCGGCCCCCGCCUCGGCCGCGGCCGGAGGCACCUUGACGACCACCUCCUCGAUGCCUGUAGCACAGGAGACUCCGGACGACGACCCGGACGAGGAGGCGUUCCAGGAGGCGCUGGAAUAUGGGGACGACGAUGGGUUCUCGGAUGCCGCUAAAGCUUCAGGAUCAUUGAAUGAUGGUGAACUCAUGGAAGGAGAGGAGAAAGGUGAGCCCCCAUCGGAGACUCAGGUUUUGGCCACCGUCCAAGGCAAUUCCCAACAUGAGACCGUGGAAAUGCUGUCAAGUGAAAUCCCUAGGACAGAGGAGACCUCACAUCGUGAGGUUUUGUCGGCUGUGGUGAAAGAGUCGACGGAGAAUUCCACUUCGCAAAGCACCGAAACGAAGCCAAUCGGGGAUGGUUCUGUCGUUGGCGACGAGGAGCUCGGACUCCACGACGCUCACGAGGAGAAUGAUGAGGGCUUGGUCGAGGAAUCGGGAGAGUCUGCUACCCCUACUAUUGGUGCGGUUGAGGAAGAGAGACAUGGAGCCGAACCUGAUGUUGCGGAUGACGUGAAAAUUGGCGUUGCCGCAGUUUCCGAUCAAAAUGUCUACCCAAUUUGUAUACCUGCCGCACAGGAGAUGGAGACUGUGGAGAAUCCCACUUUGAGCAUCGAAGGGAACCCAGUCGAGGAUGAGACUGCUGCAGCUGGCAAUGUGGAUAGGGAUGAGGAGCGUGCAGACCCUGGUGCUCAGGAGAAAGAUGGAAGUUUGGUCGACAAAUUGGGAGAAUCUGCUAGGCCUGUUAUUGAUGUGCUACUGGAGUCAAAGACAGCAAACGACAAGUUUGAUACCGCCGAAGAAGAGAAAAACGGAGGCAAAGCUGAGAUGGAAGAGGUGAACAUUGACGUUGCUGGGGUUGCUCCCACUUUGAGCAUUGAGGAUAACCCAGUCGAGGAUGGGACUGCUGCCGCUGGAAAUGUGGAUAGGAAUGAGGAGCAAGUAGACCCUGAUGCUCCGGAGAAAGAUGGAGGCUUGGUCGAGAAAUUGGGAAAACCUGCUAAAGGGACGGGCGGAGACAAAGCUGAUAUCAGCGAGGUGGACAUUGGCACUUCUGAAAAUGCCGAUUCUGAUCAAAGUGUCAACCAAGGAAGUACUCCUGCUUCUCAAACAGUAGAUGAAUCAUCCAAAUCAACUCAUGGAGUAAAUGACGAAGAGAUGAAUGAAAAUUUAAUACAGAGUUAUUCCGGUGUGGACACUAUGAUGGUCUAUGUUUCAACCGGAAAGCUUGAUGGAUCAAAUAUGAGGAAAAAUGAUUUGAGUGAGAAUCAUGAAGUUGCAGAUAGUAAGUCCGGUGAAAGUUCUGCUAACAAAGAUGAUACAGUGAGUGAUGGUGAAACUGUCUUUAGUAAGCCUUCUAUUCAGGAGAAAGUGGAUACAGCUAGUGAUGGCGAAACUGUCUCUAGUGAGCGUUCUGUUCACGAGAUAGUGGAUGAGAAGCUAACAAAUGAAUCGAAUCGAACUGCAAAUGGAACUGAGGCAAACAAUGAUGAGCCUGUGCCUGAAUUGGUUCCAGAUGGGCAAAAUUCAAAAUCAGCCCAAGAUAGGCAAUCUCCAUCUAUCACUGCUGGGGAAUCAAGAAACAGGGUGACUGAAGGAGAUGACUUUGGGGCUUCUGGUGUGAAUGAAGAUGCACUUGCUCAAUUACCAACUUCAGUUACAGAACCAGAACCAACACCGAGUGAAGAUUUGAUUUAUCAUGUGCAAGACCUUGACCAGGAGAAGGCAGAGGACGAAGACAAAAACUUAGUUUCUGAUGGACCACCUAGGGUGGCAAUAUCGACGAGCUCAGAAACUGCAAAACAGCUGAUGAGUGAAUUAGAAGAAGGCUCUUCUAGUGUCACCCCUCAUUCAGUGUCAGAUGACUCAAAGGAUGUAGACGGCCAGAUUAUUUUGGAUUCAGAUGAAGAGUUGGUGACUGACGAGGAGGAUGGAAGACAUGCAAUGAUCGAUUCUGAUGCAUUGAUUGCGCUUCUGAAAGCGGCAAGCAGUUCCACUGAUGAUGGAGGUAUCAGUGUCACUUCUCAAGAUGCUAAUAGAAUCUUCUUGGUCGACCGUCCAGCUGGUCUGGGGCCCUCAAUUCCAUCUCUGAAACCUACUCUUCCCCGUCCUGCACGAUCAAACCUUCUUAGUCCUUCUGAUCUGGCUGUAGCAGCAGAGCCUGAUGAUCAAAUGACCAAGGAACAAAAACAGUUGCAUGAGAAAGUUGAGCUUAUUAGGGUGAAGUUUCUACGUCUUGUUCGUAGGUUGGGCCAUUCACCUGAAGACACGGUGGUAGCCCAGGUGCUAUAUCGUCUGAGUCUUGCAGAAGGUAUUCGUAGUGGAAGGCAAACUGGCCAGGCUUAUAGUCUUGAGAGUGCAAAAAAGAAGGCUUUGCUGCUAGAACAAGAUGGAACUGAAGAUUUGGACUUUUCCUGUAACAUUCUUGUCCUAGGAAAGAGUGGAGUGGGCAAGAGUGCAACUGUAAAUUCUAUAUUUGGUGAAGAGAAGUCUCCAACCAGUGCAUUUGAACCAGCAACAACUUCUGUUAAAGAGAUUGUAGGAACCGUGGAGGGGGUUAAGAUUCGGGUUUUAGAUACUCCAGGUCUUAGAGCUUCAGGAAUGGACCAAGCAUCAAGCAGGAGAAUCCUGGCAUCCAUAAAGAAAUACACAAAGAGAUGCCCUCCAGACAUUGUUUUGUAUGUGGACCGCAUGGACACACUGACCCGAGAUCAGAAUGACUUGCCUCUGCUAAGAACAAUUACUAGCACUUUGGGUUCAUCCAUAUGGUUCAAUGCCAUUGUCGCUCUCGCACAUGCUGCGUCUGCCCCUCCUGAUGGACCAAGUGGUUCCCCUUUGAGCUAUGAGGUGUUCGUGGCCCAAAGGUCUCAUGCUGUUCAGCAGUCCAUAAGGCUAGCAGCUGGAGACAUGCGCCUGAUGAAUCCAGUGGCUCUUGUUGAGAACCAUCCAUCUUGUAGAAAGAACAGGGAGGGACAAAAAGUGCUCCCUAAUGGUCUGUCAUGGAGAUCACAGAUGCUGCUGCUCUGUUACUCUUCAAAGAUAUUAUCUCAAGCUAAUUCACUUCUAAAGCUUCAAGAUCCUUCUCCCGGAAAACUGUUUGGUCUCCGUCUACGUCCUCCACCGCUUCCCUUCCUGCUUUCUUCUCUGUUGCAGUCCAGAGCACACCCAAAACUUCCAUCCGAUCAUCAUGGUGACAAUGAAGAUUCUGAUAUUGACCUAGAUGACUUAUCAGAUGCUGAUCAAGGGGAAGAAGAAGAAGAGUAUGAUCAACUUCCACCAUUUAAGCCCCUGAGGAAGUCUCAAAUUGCCAAGCUGACCAAGGAGCAAAGAAGAUCAUAUUUUGAUGAGUAUGAUUACCGAGUUAAGCUUCUUCAGAAAAAACAGUGGAAGGAGGAGCUCAGACGAUUGAAAGAGAUAAAGAAUGGACAGAAAGUGUUGAAGGAUGAUUUUGGGCUUGCUGAUAUGGUCGAAGAUUUUGAUCAGGAUAAUGCCCCUGCAACUGUACCAGUCCCUUUGCCUGAUAUGGUAUUGCCCCCUUCUUUUGACUGUGACGCCCCAACGUAUCGAUACCGUUUUCUAGAGACUACCUCACAGUUUCUUUGUAGGCCAGUACUGGAUACGCAUGGUUGGGAUCAUGAUUGUGGUUAUGAUGGGGUAAGCCUUGAAGAGAGCCUCGCUGUUGCUGGCCGAUUUCCUGCUGUCUUAUCAGCUCAAGUGACUAAGGACAAAAAGGAAUUCAGCAUCCAUUUAGAUUCCUCUGUCUCGGCCAAGCAUGGGGAAAAUGGUUCUACUCUCGCUGGCUUCGAUAUCCAGACUGUUGGAAAGCAACUUUCUUACAUUCUGCGCGGUGAGACCAAGUCCAAAAUGUUGAAAAAGAACAGGACUACUGGAGGGAUCUCCGUAACCUUCUUGGGGGAAACCAUAGCUACUGGAUUAAAGUUUGAAGACCAACUUUCUAUUGGGAAGCAAGUGAAUCUUGGUGCAAGCACUGGUGCUGUUCGAGCACAAGGUUAUACUGCAUACGGAGCCAAUUUGGAGGUGCGACUCCGCGAUAAGGAUUAUCCCAUAAGUCAAGCCCUUGCCACCUUGGGGUUAUCUUUGAUGAGUUGGCAUGGUGAUUUGGCUUUGGGUGCAAACCUGCAGUCUCAAUUCUCCAUUGGGAGGAAUUCAAAGAUGGCAGUUCGUGUUGGGCUGAACAACAAGCGGACUGGGCAGAUCACCGUCAGGAUGAGCACCUCAGAACAACUUCAACUUGCACUCGUGGGUAUCAUCCCCAUUGCAAUCUCUAUCUUCCAGAGCAUGAAGCCCGGUGAGUCCUUCCAGUAUUAGUUAGAUCAGGUGUCUAAGACACUUUAUAUCUCUCGAGUUUCAUCAUAACUAGUUUCGAAGCCUCUUUAUGUUCCAACUAUUAUCCUUUUGGUCAGAAUCUUUGCAGUUUCUCUAAUUAGUUUUGUUCUGUGAUUUCAAUACUUGGUUGUAGAACUGAGUUUGAAUAAAAGCAGUAAUAGUUCAUUUUCAUGA